GAAAAAAAUAUAUUAAACGCAUUAUGGUCAUAAGCUGUAGAAGGCAGCUUCUUGCGACUGGCCUCAAAAUAUAAAUGGCCUCAAAAUGUUUUAGAACUUUUUAAAAGCAUCAUGUAAUAACGAAAGGUCUCGAUAGUCAGUUUGUGAAUCGAAUCUGAAAGAGCCAACUUUCCUUUUGAGUAUGAGAAUGGUGCUAAGUGACUGUUAUUCACUAUCUCGUCUUCAUUAAACGGUAUACCACCUGAAGAGUCGGGGGCCUUUGGUUCUGAAAAAAAAAACAUUAAAUGUGUGAGCAGAGCUCUGGACUCAAUGGGGAGAAAUGUGUUGAUCGUUCUGCUCUUGAUCAGAUGUCCCUCCUUUUAUACAGCUCUUUUCACUGUGGAUAUGACUGAGUCUUCCUUUCUGGCUGAGUUUAGGGGGAACGUCACUAUGGAGUGUCGAUUCCCUACAGGGGGUGGCGAGACCCUGUCCAGCCUCAGAGUCUACUGGCACCGCAUCCUGCCUGAGCCUCUCCUGGAAGUGUACAAGCUGGAGAGCGGUAAGGAGGACCUAAGCACCCAGCACCACAGGUAUAAAGGCAGAGUGAACCUGCAGAAGGACAGGCUGAAGCAGGGCCAGGCUGUCCUACAGAUGUCCAAUCUCAGCAUCUCUGACUCUGGGAAGUACAGGUGCAUUGUUGAACAGGGAGGAGCUGACUAUAAAGAGGCCACCCUCAAUGUGAGAGCCCCAUACAGGAAUAUAAAGACAGCAGUUACAGGGAAAUGCCAAGGGCCAAAAGGCCACCUGGAGCUCAGCUGUGAAGCAGAAGGAUUUCCUUUGGCUGAUGUGCAGUGGACAGAUAUGUCAGGCCAUUCCUUCAACACUACAACAACUACCCACAAAAAGAACGAAGAAGGCCUGUUUAUUGUGAAAAGCUACUUCAAGGUUAAGGCAGGAUGCGGAGACAUCUACAAUUGUACCUUCAAAAGCGGUACAACAAAUGAGGAGACAUCAGCUUCCCUCCUUUUUAUGGCUCUAGAAGUCACGUCAACUAAAAAAAAACAUUUUCAAGAUGUGGAAAGAUGCUUAGAAGCAAAUGGACACUUAAGUCUACUCCUCCAUCAAAGAAGCCUAAAGAUUUGGUCUCUACCAGGAGUAGAUAAGUUUCUAAUCUUUUUUUCUCUUUUCAUCCAUCUAAUUUGCACUUACUGAAGAAAGAAAAUAGAUUUACAGAUUUGAUAGAUUUAUUUAUUGCCUUCAGACAGGUUGCUACCUACACUCAGUAAAAGGCAUCCCUGUCAUUUAAGGUCUCAUCCAUCCUUUUUUUCUGCUUCAACCCCUGAACGAUCAAAUAUUGACAUUUUACCUAUGUAAGGUCUUAUUACUGAGAACACUGAUUAAACUCUGAAUCCUUUAUCCAUAAAACUCUGUUUAAAACUGUAAUCAAAUGUAAUAAAUAUUAAUUUUCAUUCCUCAUAUUUCAUGCCAUCAAUCAAGAGUGUAAAUUGAUCAUGUCAUUUAAAAAACAUUUCAAAAGUAAAGCUUUGCUCUGUUGAAGAAAAAUGACAAACUGCAAACUUCAGGUUUAUGAGCAUACUGUAGUUUGGUUGAGACCAAAGUAUAGUGUAUUCCCCAAUCACUGUUGCCUUUUUCAGAUAUGAACAUGACUUUGGAAACUAUUGGAGCACACACAUCUUUGGAGUUGGUGGUGCCUUUGAUUGUGGGAUUAGUUCUUCUGCUGCUUUUAUG